UGAAUAGUGAAAAUGGCUCGUACCAAGCAGACUGCUCGUAAAUCGACUGGUGGCAAGGCGCCGCGCAAACAACUGGCUACCAAGGCCGCACGUAAAAGUGCUCCAGCAACCGGAGGCGUGAAGAAACCUCAUCGCUAUCGCCCCGGCACUGUUGCCCUCCGUGAAAUCCGUCGCUACCAGAAGAGUACCGAGCUGCUGAUCCGCAAACUGCCUUUCCAGCGUUUGGUUCGUGAAAUCGCUCAGGAUUUCAAAACUGACUUGCGUUUCCAGAGCUCGGCAGUAAUGGCACUCCAGGAAGCUAGCGAAGCCUAUCUGGUCGGUCUCUUCGAAGAUACCAACUUGUGCGCCAUCCAUGCCAAGCGUGUCACAAUCAUGCCCAAGGACAUCCAACUGGCCAGACGUAUCCGUGGCGAGCGUGCUUAAGUUGAUAUUUCUUCGUCAGGCGCAUAUAAAUUUCAUACAAAUCGGUCCUUUUCAGGA